AUGACCCUAGUGUUUCAAUCAUACCGACGUAAUGCCUUCAGUACGAGCGUGACUACUAGGCAGAGUGUCUGGGCGCUCGCGCUUUUCGGUGUUUCGAUGUUUAUUCUUUGGGUGUCUUCUAAAGAUGGCUUGGAAAGUCCUUCAGGACAUAACCCACAUAUACCAACAGAGCUGAACUCAUUUUCAUUUUCGGUUAAAUUCGACGAGCCUGUAGCCAUGCGCAUCGUGGAUUCCGCAUAUUAUGAUAUCGACACUGAAGAAGGCGUUCAAGAAUGGGCCCAGUUACUACCUGCUCAUGGGCACACUGUUCACAUUGCUGAUGAAGAUGGUGUACCGCAUGUCCACACUGUUUCUCUCUUCCAUAGCCUCAAGUGCCUUGAUAUCGUUAGGCAACAGUUCAUCACCACCCCGGCCCAAACGCCACCUCCCCCUUUGAUUAAGCAUUGCUUGCAAUACCUUCGACUCACCCUUCUUUGUCAACCCCAUCUCUGGCUUGAGCCCGCCCGUGACCUGGAAGGGCAUGCUGUUCGAGAUUAUGAUGCUGUAUGCAGGGACUGGACUUUGAUAUAUAGCGAAGCAGAACGUAAUCAGCGGUCGUAUAAUAAUUGGGCAAGGGUGAACUCUAGUUUCACCUCGGUAUAG